AUUUUAAAAUUAGUACUUGAGCAGCUUUGCGAUCGAACAAAACGCUUAACGGACUGCAAUAGCGCGCCGCGAGCGCGAAUAAACAACAAAUUCCAAUUAAUUUCGGCUCCAGUCCGGUCGAUUGGAUGAACCUGUGAGCCAGCUCUCUGGAUCCAACACCAGGAGACCGACGAUCGUAGGCAGGAUGAGCCCCAAGCUGCACGAGUUCGCGGUGGUGCUCCUGCGCGAUGGCCAGGGCACGCCCUGGGGCAUUCGCCUGGUGGGCGGCAACGAUCUGGACACGCCGCUGAUCAUCACCAGGGUGCAAGCGGGCAGCCCAUCUCAUGGUGAGCUCCUUCGCGGCGAUAUCAUCGCCAAGAUCGGCGAGUACGACGCACGCGACCUGAGUCACGCGGAUGCCCAACAGCUGUUCCGCGGCGCUGGCAACGAGAUUCGCCUCACGGUCCACAGGGACAACAAAAUCGCCUACACUCAGGGCGUCAGCCAAGAUGCAGGACCGGGAUCGCGCAGCAACUCCACCCUACCUCCGGCCAGUCCAGAACUCUUGCCCCACCGUGGUCCUUCGCCCUUCUUGCCGGGUCCCAGCCAUUUUGAGCGUGCCCUCCAGCUACCCAUGGACACUCUACCCCAGACUGUGUUCCCCCAGCUGAACUCGUCUGGAGGUUACGAGGUGCCGUCCACUGUGUUUUCGCCGAAGCCAACGCGUGACCAUCAGCAGGAUGUGGAUGAGGAGCAGGCUGCCAUUGUGAAUCAGCCAUACCGGACAACUCCGCUGGUCCUGCCCGGCGCCAAAGUGAAGAAGGAUGCGCCCACGACAGAGUCCUACUUGAGGCACUACCCCAACCCGGCUGUGCGCGCCCAUCCAGGACAUGACUACCAUGACAGUAUCAUGAAGCAGCGCGUGGCCGACACCAUGCUGCACAAGGUUGUCGGUUCGGAGGCCGACACUGGCCGCGUCUUCCACAAGCAGUUCAACUCGCCCAUCGGUCUGUACUCCAACAGCAACAUCGAGGACACCAUCAGAACCACAGUUCCCUUCGCCACGAGCGAUAGCAAUCGCUUGAAGGACAGUCCUUUGCAUCGUCCUUUGCCAACAAAACUUAACGGCUAUAAGAAAACUGUCGUGUACGAUCCCAGGAACAGCGACACCUACAGACUCAUCCAAGAGGAGGGCGGCUACAGCAGCUACGGCAAUGCCGCGCCACAGGAAGUAACCAUACCUGUGCAGACUAAGGUCUAUCAGCCCAAUAGAUUGGUUCCAGGAAAGAAACCAGUAUCAGCGCCAGUAUCCCGGCCGCCGUACAAUGUGGUAAACACCCACGAUGAGAACAUACGCCAGAGCGGCUCCUUCAAUCGUCUCAUGUACAGCGUUAUUGGUGCCACCGAAUACUAGAAAACUGCAACAUCAGACGCAACUGCAACUGCACCAGCAACUGGAGGGAGCAACAUCAUCCCCACAGGCAACAUCGCAUGCAGCAGUUGGCACCGACAGUUGUUUAUCUCCUAACAUAUUUAGCGGAUUUUUAUGAAAUUCUAUUUAACUUACUCAAUAAAUUAUAUAUGAAGAACGACAGGAAAUUGUGAACCACUAACAAGCUUAAUGAUAUACAUUGGUUUGGUAUAUGAAAUCGGAAUCGAAAUAAAUUUAAACACACAGUAACACCGCCUCAGACCAUUUACUGUCUCCGCAUAGAAGAACUACGUAAAUUAAUUUAAUAAAAAGAAACUUUGAUUUAUAGUUAUGUUUAUUUUACGAUGAUUUUGUGUUAACAGCCAGGUCAGUCAGGUGUGUUAACGUCGAGUGAUUCUAGUCAUGGAAUGUAAUAGGCAUAAAUAAUGUUUUAAUUAAUAAAUGCGACUUUCAUUGGUUAAAGAAAA